AUUGUUUUGAGGACACAAAAUUAUUUUUCAUUUACAUGGAUUUAUUUUAUAAAUAUAUUUUGGUAUUUAGAUUAUUUAUAAAUUAAAUUAUGAAGAUUAUUAAAUUUAAUAUAAAUUUUAUACUAAAAAAUUAUAUUAAAUAUGCCCAGAGUAAAAUUUGGACAAAAUCAAGUCGAUUUACAAAACGAAAUAAUAAAUUUAAAACGACAAUUAACGAUAACAUUGGAUGAAAAUCAUCUGCUUAAAGUUAAAAUUCGUAGAUUGGAAAAUGAAAUAAGAAAAAAAGACAAGUAUAUUGAUUAUUUUUUUAUUAAAAAUAGAGAACAGAGUUUUGACAAUAGAAGAAUUAUUUACGAAAAAACAUCAAAUGCUAUUCAGAAAUUGAAAAAAGAAAAUGAUGAUCUGAAAGAACUGAUAUUGAAGCGUGACAUUGAAGAUCAAAAACGUGAAUAUGAUAUCAAAAGGAUGCUUCUUUACGGACAAACUGAUAAAACUUAUAGAAAACCUUUACGAAAAUCAUCCCAUUCAUUGAAUCAUGAUCUACCUGGAGUAAAAAAACUAGAAAGUUUAUCAGAUUCAAAUACAAUAUCAAAAAAUGUCUAUCGUACGUUUGCUGAAAAUUUAUAUAACUUAGAAAGUACCAAAGAUUAUUUAAAUUCGCUGUUUACAACUCGUGCUGACGUUGAAAAACUUGUCGACACUAUUAAUAAUCUCAAGGAACAACAAGAUAUCGACAGAAAAAUAAUUCAUGCACGAGAUUCGGAAAUAAUUCGACUGGCAUCAGAAUUAAAUGAAAUAAAAGAGCAACUGAGUAUAGAAAAAAUAUCAAGCUCUUUAUCUCCAAUUGUGAAACAUGAUUACAGCAAUUCAAAGAAUAAAAAGUUUGAUAGAAGUAAGCGCUGCACUAUCGAGUCUGCUGAGUUUGAAUCGAGUCAUAAACCUAAAGAUAUCAAAGUUGAACGGAAACCAAUAAAACAUAAAACAUCAAGGCGAUUAGAGCCAGUGUGGGAAUUAAGUGAAAACGAACUGUCAAGUGUGAGUGAUAAAUCAGAAACGGAAUUAUAUAAUGAAGAUAUAUCAAAAAAGACGGAAAUUGAAUAUAUUAUAGAUUCCGAAGUGAGCUCUGACGGUGAAGACAUAUAUUUAUUAAAUAAUCUGGGGUCUUAUCAUCGGAAAACAAUCGGUACCAUGUCGAAUAAUAGAAAUGAUUAAUUACAUUAAUGGGUUAUUUAAAUUUAUUACC